GUUCAAGAACCAAAAUACAAUGUCUACUUCGAAAAUCAUCUCCUCCUUCCGACUCACUUCUCUCCUCCGCUCUCAGAAAGACCCCUCAUCGGUCCUUCAAAUCUUUCUCAACCCAAACCCUAACCACCCCUCCGUCCAUCCCUUCCGCCAUUCUCUCCGCUCCUAUGACCUCAUUAUCACUAAACUUGCCCAAGCCAAAAUGUUCCCCCAAAUGGAACAGCUCCUCAAUCAACUCCACACCCAAACGCGCUUCCCUACCCCCGAACCCCUCCUCCGCCACGUCAUCGCUGCCUACGCGCGUGCCGGCCUCCCAUCGCGUGCCCUCCGCACCUUCCUCUCCAUCCCCGCCCCUUCACUCCGAUCCUUCAACUCCCUCCUCCACGCGCUGCUCGCCUGCCGUGACUUCGCCUCAUUCACGCGCCUCCUGCCGCACCUCCCCCGCUUUCAUGGUCCCGACGCAUGCUCCUACAACAUCCUCAUCCACGCGUGUUCUCUAACCAACGACCGCGGUCGGGCGUGGAAGCUCUUUAACGAAAUGCGUAGGCGAGGCAUUCGUCCGAAUCAAAUUACGUUCGGAACUCUGAUUAACUUGCUGUGCAAAAGCCCUCAAUUGCACCUUCCCCAGGCGUUUAAGGUGAAGGAAGAGAUGGAUAGGGUUUUUAAAAUUAAGCCUAAUGCUUUUGAUUACACUAGUUUGAUUAAAGCUGUUUGCGAGGUGGGUGAUUUUGAUUCCGCGGUUAGGUUGAAAGAUGAGAUGGUGAGGAACAAUUUGAAGCUUGAUGCUGUAAUGUACAACACUUUGGUUUCAGGGUUUUUAAAAGGAGGGAAAAAGGAUACAGGAUUUAGGGUUUUGGAGGAAAUGAAGAUUGGUGGUGUGAAGCCGAAUUCCGUGACGUGUAAUGUGUUAAUUGGGGAGUUUUGUAGGGAGAGGAAGUUUGAAGAGGCUUAUAGGAUUUUGAAUGAUGGGUUAGAGGGUGUGAAGCCUGAUGUUUUUGGCUACAAUGUGGUUAUAGGUUCUCUGUGUGAAGAGGGGAAAUGGAGGGAGGCUGAUGAUUUAUUUGGGGACAUGCCAAGGCGACAAUGUGUUCCUGAUGUUGUGACUUACCGCACCUUAUUUGAUGGGCUUUGCCGGUGUAUGCAGUUUGAGGAAGCUGGGUUGGUUUUAGAGGAGAUGAUUUUUAAAGGCUAUGUUCCUCGUUCUUCCAGUUUGAAUGAGUUUGUUGGUAUGGUGUGCAAGGAAGGGAAUUUUGAGUUACUAGAGAAGGUUUUGAGUGGUUUGGUAGGUGGGGGAUUUUAUUGUGAGGAUGUGUGGAACACUUUGGUCUUAUUGGUUUGCCAAUCGAAAAAGUUGUUGGGAGCUUUUGAACAUUUUGAUGAAUUGGUGUUGGCAUGAAUUCUAUGGCUUACGUUGUUGUGGAAAACUUUUGCUUAAUGCAGUUCGUGGGUAGAAGUUGAAAGACCACCGGUUUGGCUCAUGAGGCAAACAGGGAGGUACAUGAAGGCAGAGUUACCAAACCAUCUGUGAGAAAUAUCCUUCAUUCCAUGAAAGAUCUGAAAAUGUCGAUCUUGUGGUGGAAAUUUCCCUGCAACCAUGGCAUGUUUUCAAGCCUGAUGAAGUGAUUUUAUUCUCAGACAUUCUUACCCCACUUUCUAGAAUGAAUAUACCCUUUGAUAUUGUGAAGGGUAAGGGUCUUGUUAUAUUUGAUCCUAUUCACACAGAUGCCCAGGUCAAUCAAGUGAGAGUUUGUUCCUGAAGAAUCAGUUCCAUACGUUGGUGAAGCACUGACAAUAUUGAGGAAAGAGGUGAAUGAUACAGCUGCAGUUCUUGGUUUUGUUGGGGCACCGUUCACUCUGGCAUCAUAUGUGGUUGAAGGUGGUUCAUCUAAAAACUUCUCAGAAAUAAAAAGAUUGGCUUUCUCUGAGUCCUAGGGGAUAUUCCGGAAGAAGGUGAUACACAGGUGCUGAUUAUGUGUUGCAUAAGUUUUUUCUAUCAGAUAAUGCAGAAAAUGAGCUGAAUAGGCUAAAGUGGAGGUUUUCUCAGAUAUAUUAUGAUAAUCUUCUCAGACUUGCAAAACCAAUAGAUGGCGUCGAAGACUGGUUGGAAGCAGUUUAUACAGCUCGUAUCCCCUGUGCUGUGGUUUCAAGCCUUGAUAGAAAAAAUAUGUUAGAGGUUUUGGAGCGAAUGAGGCUCAGCAAGUAUUUCGAGGUUGGUUAAGAAGACUUUACAAUAAAUCAAAUUUUGCCUUGUUUCUCCAAUUGAAAAAAGGCAGCGGUAUGUAUAACUAAUUUUGCUUGAAAUAGGGUUAUACGGGAAGACUGCCAGGUCUUGUUUCUCUCAGGAUACCAUGGACAAUUAUAAAUACUAUGUAGAUUGUUUAGUUGGGGUGUUGGUUUCGACUGCAGUUUGACUCAUGGUCAAUAGAUUUAGAAAAAAAAAAUUGUUCACAUUCUUUGGUUAAGAAAACAAGCAGUUUGUUUUUGCUGCAAUUCAUGCUCUAGAUCCAUUACAGGGAGGACAAAUGCUAUUAAGACACUAUUAUUGGGUAAAAUUCAUGUUGGUUGCAAUCCGUAUUGUUCCUUCACUUCUACGUAGUGGAACUUACGGGACUGUUACCCCAUGCAAAAGCGUCGUAGAUGUUAAUAAACUUUUUUUGGUAUAGUUGGUAAUAUAAGUUGCUGUAUACUUUUUGGUUUUUUCUUUUUCAUGAUUACCCUGACUCUGAAUAUGUAAGAAAAAAAUUGUGAGUAUAAGGAUAAUUUUUAUUUA